GUAUCACUUUGAUAUUCCAAAUUAAGCCAUAUAUAGAAUCUAUAUAUAAUAUAUCACAGAAAAAUAUAUAGUAAUUUCCACAAUUCUCCAAAAUGGGUGGUUGGAAGCAGUACUUGGCUGGUGUUGCUGCCGCUUUUGGUGCCUUUUGCUUGGGCGCCAGCAUUGGCUGGUCGGGUCCUGUGGAGAAAGAAGUUCGAAUGGGGCUCGCAUACAAAUUCGCACCCACCUCCAUGGAAUGGGGCUGGGUCUCAUCGCUGCUGACAUUGGGAGCUGCCGCCUCUUGCAUCCCCGCUGGCAUUCUAAUUGGCAUAUUUGGACGAAAGAUCACGAUGCUGGGCCUGGCGCCCCCCUUCCUCAUCGGCUGGCUGCUGAUCAUCUUGGCCCAGAAGCCCUUCAUGCUGAUGAUCGGACGUUUCAUUGUGGGAGCCUGUGGCGGAGCCUUCUGCAUCACGGCUCCCAUGUACAACACGGAGAUCGCCGAGCUGAGCAAGCGCGGCGUCAUGGGCUGCUUCUUCCAGUUGCUGAUCGUUCACGGCGUGCUCUACGGCUUCAUCGUGGGUGCCUACGCCAAAGUUAAAUUGAUGAACAUACUCUGCGGCAUCCUGCCUAUCAUCUUCUUUUUGUUCUUCAUGUGGAUGCCGGAAUCGCCCGUCUAUCUGGCCCAGAAGGGCAAGAACGAAAGAGCGGAGAGGUCGCUGAAGUUUCUUCGGGGCAAGGACGCCGACGUUAGUGCGGAGGCUAGCCAAAUGGCAAGCGAAGGCCAAAAGGAGAAGGUCAAACCGAUGCAGGCCCUCUGCCGCAAGACCACUCUCAAGAGCCUGGCCAUCUCGAUGAUGCUGAUGGUGUUUCAGCAGAUUACUGGCAUCAAUGCCAUCAUCUUUUACUCCACUGGGAUAUUCACAGCGGCCGGCACUGGACUCUCGCCCUCAACCUCCACAAUUAUCAUCGGGCUGGUUAUGGUUAUUGCCACCAUUAUCUCGAUUGUUCUGAUCGACAAAGUGGGGCGCAAGAUCCUGCUGCUCGUCUCGGCGGCCCUUAUGUUUAUCACUACCCUCAUCAUGGCCAUUUACUUUCAAUGGCUGACUCAGAAAGACGUUGGCUGGCUGCCCGUGCUUGCUGUUUGCAUCUUCAUCAGUGGAUUCUCAUUUGGAUUUGGACCCGUUCCCUGGCUGUUAAUGGCUGAGCUGUUCGCCGAGGAUGCCAAGCCCGUGGCCGGAGCCAUAGCGGGCACAACCAACUGGAUAUGCGCCUUUAUUGUGACCCUUGCUUUUCCUCUGAUCAAGGACGAAGCUGGUCCUGCUGCCUGCUUCUGGAUCUUCGCCGCAGUCUCCUUUGCUGCCAUCCUUUUCGUUCUGUUCCUGGUGCCCGAGACGAAGGGCAAGACUCUGAACGAGAUCCAAGGACUGAUCGCUGGCGGCAAAAAGGAUUAGAGACUUCAUCCUCAACAUUUUCGUUGUGAUUUACACUUGUAGCAAAUUAUGUUAAUACAAAAGAAAGAUUAUUCUUGUA